AUGGAGACAUGGCCUGAUACCAAGUUCGAGUUGGCCUCCGCUAAAUGCAAUGCCACCGUUGACUACACGCGGAACUACAAGACCGUUGGGAAUAUUCAAUUCUCGACGACAACAGAUGGAUUUUCAGUCAUUUUCUCUGGAGCUGCAGAUUUCGUCGUGAGACGUGGAUGGAAGACUGGAAAUACAAGAAAUAUAACAUUUACUGGCGCCCACAAAGCGACUGCUGGCACUGUUACUUUCCAGGUGUACGGCUGGACCAAAGACCCCCUCGUGGAAUAUUACAUCACCGAAGACUACACCAAUGCCAUCCAAUACGUUGGCGGCGGCUCGAGAGGCACUAUUACCUGCGAUGGAUCAUGCUACACGAUCUACGAAACCACUCGUACCCACUCGCCAUCAAUCGUCGGCACCUCGACCUUCCACCAGUACAUUUCCGUCCGCAAAACGAAGAGACAGAGCGCUUCCUUUACCGUGGCAAAUCAUUUCGACGCGUGGAAAAAAGCUGGCAUGGACUUGGGGGCACACGACUACCAGGUCCUAUCAAUAGAAGGUCACAAUAAUGCAGCUGGAUCUACCAGCCAGAAGAUUAGAACUGGGCCUGCAAGCUAAAGUUCGUGAACAAAUCUGCACUGCUCGGAAGGAAAAGCAGUUCUAGGAAGCAUGUUUCCAGGCUUUGUUUCUGGCACUUCGGUCCCUUAC